AUGCUCAGCCCAGCCAUCGCCUGGAUCGGCGCAUUGUAUGCAGGCUUUGUGAUCCUGCGCUACUUCGCACAGGUAUACCACCACCAUAAACAAUCCAAAGCCUUAAACUGUGAACUCCCUCCAAAUGGGCACUCCGCUUUCUUCGGGAUCCCCGCAUUCUUGCGCCUGAGCAAAGCUGUGCGCGAAAAGCGCUGGAUCGAUUACCUUACCGAUCAGUUCACCGUGCAUGGCGCCUACACCUUCCGUCAGCAAUUUCUGACUCGCACAUUGACAACAACCAUCGAGCCUGAGAAUAUCAAGGCUGUUCUGGCGACACAAUUCAAGGAUUUCUGUCUCGGCACUCGACACCAGCAAUUUGACCCGUUGUUGGGCGAUGGCAUUUUCACGCUGGACGGGGCGGGGUGGUCGCAUGCUCGGGGAUUAUUGCGCCCGCAAUUUACCAGGGACCAGGUGGCUGAUCUGUCCAUGCUGGACGAUCAUAUCUCGCACUUGAUCGAUUUAAUCCCCAAAGACAGGAGCAGCUUCGAUAUCCAGCGUCUUUUCUUCUUGCUAACCUUGGACUCGGCAACCCACUUCCUUUUCGGCGAAUCAGUGGGAUGUAUGCUCCCACCGUCAGAGACGACAGGUGUCUUGGAAAGGUCCGCAGUGGGGAGCGCACAAGGUUUCGCCGAGGCUUUCGGAACAGCACAGGACUACCUAGCAGCGCGCUCGCGCGCACAGGGCUUAUAUUGGCUUAUUAAUCCGAAGGAAUUCCGCGAAGCAAACCGUCGCGUGCAUGAAGUCGUCGAUCAUUAUGUCAAUGUCGCUUUGGAGUCGAAGCGGAAUCCAGAGAAGAAGAAUACCGAUGGUCGAUACAUUUUCUUGGAGGCUUUGGCUGCUGAGACCGAUGACCCGAAGAUGCUGCGCGAUAACAUGUUGAAUAUUCUUCUGGCUGGUCGUGAUACCACAGCUUCUUUGCUAAGCUCUACUUUCUUCUAUCUUUCGCGUCAUCCUAAUGUGUGGAACCGGCUGCGUCGUGAGGUUAUCGAGCACUUUGGAGAUGCGAAGAGCUCCAAGGUAGAGAUGACUCAGACUAAGCUGAAAGAUAUUCCAUAUUUGCGCUAUGUCCUCAACGAAGUUCUUCGCCUUCAACCACCCGUCCCGGUCAAUUUCCGUGUCGCGACAAAGGAUACCUCCAUCCCAGUUGGUGGUGGGCCGGACCGACGAUCUCCAGUCUAUAUCAAGAAAGGCGGCAUGGUUGCCUACAACGUCUUUGCCAUGCACCGCCGGACAGACCUUUGGGGCAAAGAUGCCAAAUCCUUCAGACCCGAGCGCUGGGAAGAGAAUGCCAAACAUGGCUGGGAGUAUCUUCCUUUCAAUGGCGGACCGCGUAUUUGUCUUGGUCAACAAUAUGCUCUCACAGAAGCAAGCUAUACCGUUGUCCGUCUCAUGCAACACUUUGAUACACUUGAAAAUGCGGAUCCUCAUCCUCGGCAGGAGCCUAUUAAGUUGUCGAAUCUUACUAUGAUGCAUGAUUUGGGCGUGCCUAUUCGGUUGUAUUCGUCGGAUCGGAUUUGA